AUGGGCCGAGAAAUCGAGAAGCCGAAGGGUGAAACUCUCAAGGCGAAUAAGAGUGUGGAUAGCUUAAAGUCGAUGAAAAUGGAGUCGGAUAAGGCGGCGGAGCUGUACAAAAGCCGGCUCGAAAAUCUUUCUCCGAGAAUCAGUAGAAUUGAGGAGGAUAUAGCCGAUAUGCUGACGGUGAAAGUGGGUGAUCUUGCCGGUUUAUCACACAACUUGGGCAGUUUUAUUGUCGAGGGUGAUGGGGGGAACUUGAAUUUUCUGGAUUGUUGGGGCAAAUGUGAUAUUUUCGGGAAUGGCAGCACGCCGGAGGAUGCCGAAGCUGUUGUUUUGUCGCGUGGGUCCACUCGGCUUCGAAUUAUAGUGGAGUGUCGUCGAAAAAGAAAGGAAAAUGAAAAAGGCCUUGGUAGACGGUUUGGUGAAGUAUUUUUACUGGUUGAUGGUGCCACACGAGUUAUGAAGUCAUGUGGCAUGGAUUUGUGUGUAUAA